CGCGGCAUUCUUUUUAAGAUGAUGAUGGCCCAGUAUGGCUAUACUUUUGUCCGAAAGGGAACCAUCAGAGGGCUGAUGUCUCAUCUUCAACAUAAGGCCAAGGUGUAUGACUAUCUCAGCAAGCUCCAAGGGAACCUGAUUCCAGUGUGCCUGGGAAGUGUCAACCUGAGACAACCAUUCAUCACGGAUGGCCUGGACCUUAUCGUCCACUACCUACUGCUCUCUUGGGCUGGGGACAGCCUGGACAGCUUGGAAGAUUUCAAUUUCGAUUUCCACCGGGAGACCAGAAAGCUCCAGAAAGAGUUGCUUCGAUAUGGUGUGGUCCACGGUGAUGUUCGCCGGCCAAAUCUUACUUGGAGUGCGGAGUUAUCACGGCUGAUGUUGAUCGACUUUGACCAAGCACGGCUGGAGAGGAAAAGACCGUUAAUCGGGUUGUCGUCGAAAGCCAACCACCGCCCUACUGUGAAACGGAGGCAACUUGCUUUCCCAAUAUAAAGAUUCAGCUCCCCAGCGGUCGAAGGAUAAUCCACGCCCGUAAUACGGCCGCGAUGUAUUGGGAUAAGCCUGGGGCGCAGAGAGGACACUUUUCCGCCCUUUCUCGCGCUACCAAUACUGCCAGGAGAUGAUGAAGCUUUGUUGCCAGAAUAUGUUACUAAGCAGCAACGAAACCAACGUUGCUUGCUGAAACUGGGCUGUAAUGACUCUGGGUGACGGACCGGCCUGUUUAACUGAGCUGUUUCCUUCCUGAUUAUAGUUUAAUGUGGAGCUUCCUUGCUUCCAGGUUUGGAGUUCACGUUGGAGGAGUUGCAGGGAACCUUCUGAAUGCAGCAGGGGACAAUAUAAGCUUCGUAUGAGCUUUAUAGCUAUGGUUCGUUACAAGUCUAGAGUACUCUUCUGUUGACGACGCUGCCUUUCUUUCUCCCAAAGUUUCCUUUCUUCCUCUACAUCACCAAUUUGCCCGAGUAUCCCUGAACAGUGCUCUAGUAAGAUGAAAACAGUUUUCGUGUCGGG